AUGCAUCUCCAACAAGACCAGACGCAGGACCCAUCAUCAAUCCCACCUCUCCACUCAACCCCGGCCACAACCACAACCAUAACAAUCAAUCAUCCCCCCGCACCUCCCCCAACAAACCUACACCCUCAAGAAACCGGCCAAAAGACGAAAUACCUUUAUUUCGCUUAUGGCUCCAACCUCUCGCCCACGCAGAUGCGCAUGCGAUGUACCCACGACCCAACGCUCUCGGCACACCCCGUCGCAGUCGCUGCGCUGGACUCAUGGCGCUGGUUAAUUUGCCAGUUCGGAUAUGCGAAUGUCGUCCCGCCCGCGGGUUUGCGCGUUGGGCGGCAAAUCACUGAGGGGGAUGCAGUGCCGGAGUCGAUUUCGGAAUCGAUUCCGCACGGAGGUGUCUAUGGGGUUCUUUAUGAGAUGAGUGAGGAGGAUGAAAAGUUGUUGGACGGGUAUGAGGGGGUUGAUCAGUGUUCUGGGCCUUCUAUACCUGGAUCUGGUGUCCCGGCGAGAAUUAGACCCAGGGAGCAGGGGGAUGGCGAGUAUAAUAAAUGGUACUUUGGGGCGAGAGUGGUUAAGUGGUUGGACGAGGGGUAUAGAGAACGAAACGGGCUUGAGAGGGAAGGUGGCGAGGUCAAGGUGUUGGUUUAUAUUGAUGAAAAGCGUGUGAAGGUAGGGAAGCCCAAUGAUGAGUAUAUUCCGCGCAUGAAUAGGGCGAUUAGGGAGUCCGUGAAGUUGGGGUUCCCAGAGGAUUGGGCGGAGGAGGUCAUGAGGCGUUCAAUUCCGCUGGAUUAG